GGAUAAUCACCCCUUAAGCGGGCAAAUAAAUUAAUUCCCAGAAACAAACCCCCCUUCCCUUCCAUGCUUCCCCCUGUGUAAAACCCUCAACUCCCCCGCACCGCUCACACACUCCCUCACUCACAUUCCCAAUCUCUUGACAGAAUCUCUUUCACAGAGCGAGACAUGGAGAAAAAUGGAAUCCAGGAUUUAGGUGGAUCUCUGCCUCUGCCACCACCUCCAGAGGGUGUUCCAACCGGUGUAAAGCCGGAACGGCCUCUGCCACCACCUCCGGAGGUUGUUCCACCUGAUGUAAAGCCGGAACGAGUUGAUCAUUAUCCUGUAAAACGUGUUAUGAUCAGUAGGCCAGGUUUUGGUAGUAGCGGGCGUCGAAUACAAUUGGAAGCGAACCACUUCAAAGUUUCUGUCAACUCUCCAGAUGAGACAUUUUACCAAUAUAGUGUUUCCCUUAGUUAUGAAGAUAGGAAACCUGUUGAAAAUAAAGGGAUGGGAAGAAAGAUAAUUGAUAAGCUCUACCAAACAUACUCUUCUGAACUUGGUGGGAAGAGGUUUGCAUACGACGGAGAGAAAGCCUUGUAUACUGUGGGGCCACUACCCCGAAACAAGCAGGAGUUCACAGUUGUUCUUGAAGAGUCCAUAGCCAAACGCGGAAGUCUGUCCAGAGAAGGCAGCCCCGAUGAACCUGUUAAAAGGUCUAGGCGAUCUUUACACUCAAAAUCAUACAUAAUAGAGAUCAACUAUGCUACCAAGAUACCUUUGAAGUCUGUUUUGCUGACCCUAAAAGGAGCUGAGACCGAAAAGGUUCAAGAUGCAUUGAGGGUGCUUGAUAUUAUACUGAGACAGCAAGCAGCUAACAGGGGUUGCCUUCUUGUGAGGCAGUCAUUCUUCCAUGAUGACUCGAGGAUGUUGACUGAUGUUGGAGGAGGUGUAGCUGGCUGUCGUGGUCUUCAUUCUAGCUUUCGUCCAACUCAUGGGGGCUUGUCAUUGAAUAUAGAUGUGUCAACAACCAUGAUACUUACCCCAGGGCCUGUUAUUGAAUUUCUGAAAGCCAAUCAGGGUGUAAGAGAUGCUCGUUCUAUAGACUGGGUGAAGGCCAAGAAAAUGCUGAAGAAUAUGAGAGUUAAGGCCACCCACAGCAACAGGGAAUUCAAGAUAAUAGGAUUGAGUGAGAAGCCUUGCACUGAGCUAUUUUUUAUGUUGAAAGGGAAAAGUGGUGAUGAUAAACCUGAGGAGAUUUCAGUGUAUGAUUACUUUACAAGACAUCGGAACUUGCAGCUUCCUACUUCUGCGUACUUUCCAUGCCUUGAUGUUGGUAAACCGAAAAAACCUAAUUAUCUACCACUGGAGCUUUGUAGUCUGGUAUCUCUUCAGCGAUAUACAAAAUCAUUAUCUUCUCUGCAAAGAGCAUCAUUAGUGGAGAAGUCCAGGCAGAAGCCUAUUGAGAGGAAAAAAGUUCUCACUGAUUCUAUGUUCAAUUAUCGAUAUGAUGAAGACCCUCUCCUAGUUUCCUGCGGUAUAUCUAUUGAGAAACAGCUGACCAAAUUUGAUGGUCGUGUCCUUGAGGCACCCAAGCUGAAGGUUGGUAGUAAUGAAGAUUGUAUUCCCCGCAACGGUAGAUGGAAUUUUAAUAACAAGAAACUUUUGAAUCCUGUCAAGAUAGAACGCUGGGCAGUAGUGAACUUCUCUGCUCGUUGUGAUACAAGUCAGCUAUCACGAGAGCUUAUUAAUUGUGGAAGGAAUAAAGGGAUUAUUAUUGAACGUCCUUUUACACUUAUCGAGGAAGAACACCAGUAUAGGAGAGCUAGCCCUCUAAUAAGAGUAGAAAAGAUGUUCGAACAAAUCAAGGUGAAACUUCCUGGGCCUCCCCAGUUUAUUUUGUGCGUCUUACCUGAGAAGAAGAAUUCUGAUAUAUAUGGACCAUGGAAGAAGAGAAGUUUGAGUGAUUUUGGAAUUGCCACACAAUGUGUUUCUCCGACAAGGAUUAAUGACCAGUACCUCACAAAUGUUCUUCUGAAAAUAAAUUCCAAGCUUGGGGGUACUAAUUCCUUGCUAGCACUGGAGGUUGUUUCUCGUGUACCCAUGAUAAAAGAUACACCAACAAUGAUACUGGGCAUGGAUGUUUCUCAUGGCUCUCCUGGCCGAUCAGAUGCCCCAUCCAUUGCAGCGGUUGUUGGAUCACAUUCUUGGCCAUUGAUAUCAAGGUAUAGAGCAGCUGUAAGGACACAAUCCUCAAAAGUUGAGAUGAUUGAGAGUUUGUUCAAACCUUUGCCAGACGGGGAAGAUGAUGGCAUAAUGAGGGAACUGCUAUUGGAUUUCUAUAGGACAACCAAUGGUCGAAAACCAUCUCAGAUUGUUGUCUUCAGGGAUGGGGUCAGCGAAUCACAGUUUAACCAAGUAUUGAACAAUGAGCUUGAUCAAAUGAUAAAGGCUUACCAGCAUCUCCGUGAAGAAAAUAUACCAAAGUUCACAGUGAUUGUUGCCCAGAAGAAUCAUCAUACCAAACUCUUUCAAGCUGGCGGUGUCUCUGAGAAUGUUCCGCCUGGUACUGUUGUGGACACAAAGAUUGUGCACCCUCGAAAUUAUGAUUUUUACAUGUGUGCCCAGGCAGGGAUGAUUGGAACUUCUCGACCUGCUCACUAUCACGUCUUAGUUGACGAAAUUGGUUUCUCGCCUGAUGAUUUGCAGAAUCUAAUACAUUCACUAUCCUAUGUGUACCAAAGGAGUACUACUGCCAUCUCUAUAGUUGCACCCAUCUGUUAUGCCCACCUUGCAGCUGCACAAGUUGGCCAGUUCAUGAAGUUUGAUGAUUUUAAUGAUUCUUCUUCUGGGCGUGGAAGCUUCACGUCAGCAGGAAGUGUCCCUAUCCCUCAGCUGCCUAGGUUGCACAAAGAUGUUGCAGGGUCUAUGUUUUUCUGCUGAUGUGUUUGCUACAACGAAUGAUGCACAUAGUAGUUGGUACUCAUAGGGGUUUAACAUGUUCAUGUUAGAGGGGGUUGAAUUGUUGAGUGGCCGUAUCUAAGAAAACCAUACCAAUUUCUCUUAGUUCUGGAAUCUGGAAGUAGAACUUGUUAACUGCUGCACUCUUUUUUUGUUUGACCAUCCUGGCAAGGUGAUCAUACUAUUGCGUCUUCUAUAUGCCUACCCCUUUCCCUUAAGUUCACAUACUGGGUUUUAGUCCAAAUGAAUUCUGAUACUGGGGUUUAUUUACCAUUGCAAGGUGAAAUUUUCUUUUGUGUCAUUUAUCAA